AAUGGAUUUGAGAAUGAGUUGGCUUUCUUUUAUUAGGAUUUUCUUGCUUUUGUUGCUUAUCGCUGCUACAAUUAUUGCUUGCUUCACUCUCCCCGUUGAACAGAUGCUAAAGGAUUUCUUAGUAUGGAUAGAUCAAGAUCUCGGUUAUUGGGGUCCUGUAGUGCUAGCGGUGGCUUACAUUCCUUUAACGAUAUUGGCAGUUCCAGCUUCAGUACUUACGCUGGGUGGGGGCUACCUGUUUGGAUUGCCUAUCGGUUUUAUUGCCGAUUCUGUCGGCGCCACAUUAGGUGCUGGUGCUGCAUUUCUUCUCGGGCGAACCCUAGGGAGGUCAUUUGUUAUUUCUAAAUUGAACGACUACCCAAAGUUUCAUGCAGUUGCAAUUGCAAUUCAGAGGUCCGGGUUUAAGGUAUACUUAAGAUAUUCGGAGGUGAUUGUAAUUUACCCAAAAAAGAAAACUCCAAGAUCCAGAAUUAUUGGUGAAUGGCAUACAAAAGCAGCAAAGAAUUAUUAUAGGUUGAAUUGA